AUGCCCUUCCUGACAGAACUCCAGUUUUACGUGGAGAAACACACAGAGCUGCUGGUGUUCCAAAGAGGUGGAGCUAUCAUUCCUUCUAUGUUUAACAAGGUUUGCGUUUCUAUGGUUACAGUUGCCCAGAAGAUUGUAGCAACCAGGAAGAAGCAGCAGUUUUCCAUCGGGCCGUGUAAAUCCCUCCCCAACUCACCGAGUCACUCGUCGGUCUGUGCCACUCAAGUGUCAGCCGUCCAUGUCAGCCAGACGAGUAACGGCGGUGGCAGUUUGAGCGACUACUCCUCGUCUGUGCCGUCCACACCAAGUACCAGCCAGAAGGAGCUUCGCAUUGACGUCCCACAGACCACCAACACGCCGACGCCCGUCCGAAAGCAGUCCAAACGCCGCUCCAACCUCUUCACCUCAAGGAAAGUGAGUGAGACGGACAAAGACAAGAAAAGUCUGGAGACUCGAGCUGACAGUAUCGGGAGUGGACGAGCGAUUCCCAUCAAACAGGGGAUGCUGCUGAAGCGGAGCGGCAAAUCUCUCAACAAAGAGUGGAAGAAGAAGUACGUGACGCUGUGUGACAACGGGCUGCUGACCUACCACCCCAGCCUGCACGACUACAUGCAGAAUGUCCACGGGAAGGAGGUGGACCUGCUGAGGACCACGGUCAAGGUGCCGGGCAAGAGGCCGCCGCGAGCCGUCUCCACCUGCGCCACCGUGCCGGUCCCCAAAACAAAUGGACUGACCAAGGACAUGAGCGGCCUGCAGCUGGGACAGACGCCAGGGUCGGGGUCCAGCGGCCCCUCGGCGUCUCAGAUACCGAGCGGCGUCAGUUUGGUGUCCUUUAGCAGCCGAGCUGUGGACGGGAUGCACCAGCGCUCAUACUCGGUGUCCAGUGCCGACCAGUGGGUGGACGCCACCGUCAUCGCCAACUCAGGAGUCAGCACGGACACGGGCCUGGGCGAUUCGGUGGGCUCCAGUCCCAGCACCACCAGCCCCAAGAUGGAGCCGCCGCCAUCGCCACACGCCAACCGCAAGAAGCACCGCCGGAAGAAAAGCACCAGCAACUUCAAAGCUGACGGCCUGUCGGGUCCCGCUGAAGCAGACCUGGAGGAGAACUUUGAGUUCACCAUCGUGUCACUGACGGGGCAGACGUGGAACUUCGAGGCCACGUCGUACGAGGAGCGCGACGCCUGGGUCCAGGUGAUCGAGAGCCAGAUCCUGGCCAGUCUGCAGUCCUGUGAGAGCAGCAAGAACAAAUCUCGUCUGACCAGCCAGACGGAAGCGUUGGCUCUGCAGUCGAUCAGAAGCAUUCGGGGGAAACAGUCGAUGUGCAGACUCUGGUCGGUCCCUCGCGUGCUCUUCUCAGGUCUUCCAGUCAAUGGAGCAGCUCUCGAGGUUCUGCUUCAGGAGGUCCUUGUCAUGUUUAUUCUGUACUGCUGUGGACUGUUUUUCUUCACUCAGCUGGGAGUAGAAGAUCUUCUUGAGAAUUCAGUUGUCCUCCAUCCGAACAACAUGACACGCUCUGGAGCUUCAGCCAGGACGCUGAUGAGUGGGUUUUCUUCUGUUUGUGCUCCAGCAGACCUGGAGGAGAACUUUGAGUUCACCAUCGUGUCACUGACGGGGCAGACGUGGAACUUCGAGGCCACGUCGUACGAGGAGCGCGACGCCUGGGUCCAGGUGAUCGAGAGCCAGAUCCUGGCCAGUCUGCAGUCCUGUGAGAGCAGCAAGAACAAAUCUCGUCUGACCAGCCAGACGGAAGCGUUGGCUCUGCAGUCGAUCAGAAGCAUUCGGGGAAACAGUCGAUGUGCAGACUGUGAAGCAAACAAUCCAGACUGGGCCAGCCUGAAUCUGGGCGCUCUGAUCUGCAUCGAGUGUUCCGGCAUCCAUAGGAACCUGGGCACGCACCUGUCCAGAGUCCGAUCCUUGGACCUGGACGAGUGGCCACUGGAGCUCAUCAGGGUGAUGUCCGCCAUCGGCAACAAGCUCGCCAACAGCGUGUGGGAAGCCAACGCCCAGAUGUGCCUGAAACCGGGACCUGACGCCAGCAGGGAGGAGAGGGAGCGCUGGAUACGGGCUAAGUAUGAGCAGCGUCUCUUUGUGGCCUCGCUGCCGUCCACAGAGCUCUCUGUGGGCCAGCAGCUCCUGAGGGCGGCAGCUGAGGAGGAUCUGUGCACAGUCAUCCUGCUGCUGGCACACGGCUCCCGUCACCAGGUCAACGAGACGUGUGGCGAAGGCGACGGACGCAACGCGCUGCACCUCGCCAGCCGCAAAGGCAAUGUGGUCAUCACACAGCUCCUCAUCUGGUACGGCGUGGACCUGAUGGCGAGGGACGCCCACGGGAACAGUGCCAUGGCAUACGCUCGGCAGGCCAGCAGUCAGGAGUGCGUGGACAUGCUAGCGCAGUACGGAUGUCCCGAUGAGCGCUACCCGCUCAUGGCCACGCCCAACCUGUCACGCCGGAACACCAAUCGCAACAACAGCUGCAGCAGUGCCGGGAGCGCCGCCCUCAUAUGACUCAAGAAACUUUAACCAAUCUCAGUGAACAAUGCUAAGCCCCGCCCACUACACCUGCCACUGUCCACUCAGAGACUGGGUGAGAAGUCAUGACGCUGCAUCUGUUUGGGAGAGCCGCGUCAAGGUCUGAAGAGGGAACACCCCAAAGUAUGCUGGGAAAAUAGAUGAUUACUCUCGCACUACGGCGCCACCUCCAGUUCUGCACCUGUCGUUACACUCAAAACAUAUUUGUGCAAUCAACACCUUUUGGGAAAUAAUCACAUGAUUUUUGCCAACCAGUCACAGCACAGUGUGUACGUGCACGCUCAUUCACUCCUGGAACACUACGUGCACAUGUCCAAAACAAACACUAACAAUGUUUUUAUGCUAACUCAAGACACACAAACUGAGUCACUCAGAACUUUCGUCCAGCGUUGCACGAUUACGUCAAUUCCAUUUGUGCAUUCUCAGAAAUAGGCGGAGCUCGGCACUCGUUUACACGACGGUGUUUAGUGACUCGUGCAGUGUUGUAGGUCGUCACCGUGACGCUAACCGAAUAUCUAGCUUCUAAACUAUUUAGGAAGUUCACUCGUUACCUGGUGAACACAUUUCUUCACAAAUACACAUUCAGGCUAGCUGCACUCUAACUAGCUAAGCUAGCUUGAACAUCAAGCCAUUGUGUUGAAUUUGGUAGUUAGCUACAUAGCUAGGACGUUGCUAAUGAUAAUAAGUUAAUAAUCAGCUAAAGUGGGUGUAUCUGUACAAUCCGAUUCUUUGUUAUUAUGUUGUUGGAAGAGUUUCUACGCCAGUAAAGCAGUUAGCUACGUGCUAAUAUGGCAGCUGUUAUCAUUUAUGACAACGUCGGCAGAUUGCAUUAUUUUAAAGUUCAACAAACGUUCGACAUCAGCAAAAUUUCUUGAGUGAAAUACGAGAAAGUUGAUAAACUGAUGAACAAGUGAACCACUGACAUUUUCGUCCAACAGUCGUACUUCAGUUUUUACGCUGUGCUAGUCCUUCACCUGUGACAAAAUAUUAGGGACACUGUAAAAAUAUUAAAGUUAUACGAUUUUUAAAAUUUGUGCUGUUGCAAGAAUGAGGCACAUGAUUCCAAAUAUUUUGAAACAAACUUUUUUGUGUGAACGUUUUAGCGGAAAAAAUCUCAGGCAGGCGAGAUAAAUGUGCCGUGAUUAGAAACAACUCACGUAAACGGAUCUGAGAGAAAAUUUCUCCAAAUCACAAACUUGAAUUUAUGAAUCAUCCAAAAUGUUUGAAGAUUUUCUGCAUUUUUCAAAAUUUUAAUGUCGUAACGUUUUAAUCGUUUUCUUUUGACGGCAAAACAAAAAUUUUUAUCUAAAAUCUUUUUUUAAUCUUAAAAUAAGACUUUAUUGACAAAAAUGUGUGAGUUUAUACUUGCAAUGUUUCCAAAAUAAUAAACUUGAUUUUUUCAAAAAAAAAAAAAAAAUACUCGGAUAAGGAUUUUCCCCCCAAAUAUUUGUCUUUUUUUUAACAAAUUAAAUAUUCACACACACACACACACACACACACACACACCCAACCGAUCAACCUGUGCAACCUUCAGAACUUCUCUGUGAAGACAAAAUCGAUCAACAAACAUGAGACUUAAACAAUGAUGCUGUCGGUGGUCAUGUGACCUCUGUGUCACCAUGUUUUGUCUGUUUUUAAUGAACGUUCCUACUUUGACACAUUUUUUUAUGUGAAUAUGUUGAUGUAAAAUUUUAAAGCUCAUUUAUUCGCAGUGUGUUGUUUUUAUUUAACUGUAAUGUUGUUCCUUGAUGUGUUUCCGGACCAAUAAUUAAAAUUUUCCCGUUGUUUUUUAUUUAAAUAAAGUUAUUCGCAUUUGGACGAUCUUUCCAGGCUCAGGGACCAAUGACUACGUGACGUUAAGAAAAUUAAAUUAACAAAAGACAUGUUCCACCUCGAUCUCAAAACACAAAGUUUAAAUUUUUCACUUCGUUCACUUCACAG